ACGUUAUUGUGCUGGGGAAAACAUGCUAAAUACAUCAUACAGUCCAGUAGUUCACCUAUAUCAGUGACCCGAAGCUGAAGUAAUUUCACACCCCCGGGUUCCUGACUCGUGAUUGAUUAAUUGUUACGAAAUCAGAAAUGGCAGGAAUAAUAAAAAGUGAAGUAACAAAUGGAAACGAUGAAACAGUUGAAGCCCAAGUUGAUAUAUGGAGAUUUGUGUUUGGUUUUACUGAAAUGGCUUUAGUCAAGUGUGCUAUUGAGCUUGGGAUACCUGAAAUCCUCGAAAAACAGGGUGAUCCCAUGACACUUUCUGAGCUAUCUUCAGCUCUUUCUUGUUCCUCACCAGCCCUUUUUCGGAUCAUGAGGUUCUUAAUGAACCGGGGCAUAUUUAAGGAGAAAAUCACAGAGCAAGGCGCCUUGGGGUAUGUUCAGACCCCGUUGUCUCGCCUUCUGAUAAAAGAUGGCAGGAAUAGCUUGGCUACUUUUCUGUUGUUUGAGAGCAGCUCCGUUAUGUUAGCUCCAUGGCAUUUUCUGAGUGCCCGGGUGCUGGAUGAUGGGACAUCAGCAUUUGAUUGUGCUCAUGGCAAGAGUGUGUGGGAGUAUGCAGCUGAAAAUCCUGGCCAUAGCAAGUUCAUUGAUGAAGCAAUGGCUUGUGAUACGAGGUUAACAGUUCCUGCGGUACUUGAUGGAUGUCCUGAGGUUUUUACUGGACUCAGCUCCAUUGUUGAUGUUGGUGGUGGCAAUGGAACAGCACUUAGCAUUCUGAUCAAAGCAUGUCCGUGGAUUCGUGGAAUCAACUUCGAUGUUCCUCAUGUGCUGGCUGUUGCACCAGAAUACGAAGGUAUUGAGCACGUUGGAGGAGAUAUGUUUGUCAGUGUCCCUAAGGCCAAUGCUACUUUCAUCAAGUGGGUAUUGCAUGACUGGAACGAUGAUGAGUGCAUCCAGAUUCUCAAGAAUUGCAGAGAAGCGAUCUCAGAGUAUGGCACAGCUGGGAAAGUGAUUAUUGUAGAGGCCGUAAUCGAGGACAAGAAGGGAGGCAAACUCAAGGAUGUAGGGUUAAUGUUAGACAUGGUGAUGUUGGCGCAUACUAGCAAGGGCAAGGAAAGAACUGCAGAGGAAUGGGCUUAUGUUCUCCGCGAGGCUGGCUUCACCAGGCACACGAUCAAGAACAUUCAGGCUGUAUCAUCUGUUAUUGAGGCCUAUCCUUAGAUAAAAUGGAGAUCAAAGAUCAUUUUUCCGAAUAUUUUGUGUUGUGAAAAUAAAUCACAGAGAUGAUCCUGGUCUGUGUUUGUAUAUGUUUCCAAGUAAUGUCACAGGUGCUUCAGUAGUUAA